GAAUUGAAACCAUCUCUUUUGCUCUUAACUAUGUGAUUCCCUCUACCUCCAUCACCCUUCCCUCCUCUUUGCCUAGAUAUCAUCCAUUCAUCUUUCAGGCUUCAGCCUAAGUGUCAUCUUCCUAACUCCCCAGGAUACCUCUGCUGUGGGCCAGCAUGACUCUCCCUGUAAGACUCGCCAGCCUGCAUUCAUUGAGGUUGGGAGAGCCGGUGGUGACUGCAGGAGUGGAGCCUAUGCGCAGGUGCCCAGCAUGGAUGGCUACACGGUCCUGAGAGUGAUCGGGGAGGGCUCCUUUGGCAGAGCCCUUUUGGUUCAGCAGGAGAGCAGUAAUCGGAUGUUUGCUAUGAAAGAAAUAAGGCUUCCCAAGUCUUUCUCUGACACACAGAAUUCUAGGAAGGAGGCUGUUCUGUUAGCCAAAAUGAAACACCCCAAUAUUGUUGCCUUUAAGGAAUCAUUUGAAGCCGAAGGACAUCUGUAUAUUGUGAUGGAAUAUUGUGAUGGAGGGGACCUGAUGCAGAAGAUUAAACAUCAGAAAGGAAAGCUGUUUCCUGAAGAUGUGAUACUUAAUUGGUUUACACAAAUGUGCCUUGGAGUAAAUCACAUUCACAAGAAACGUGUCUUACACAGAGAUAUCAAGUCCAAGAAUGUCUUCCUCACCCAAAAUGGAAAAGUAAAGCUGGGUGAUUUUGGAUCUGCCCGCCUUCUCUCCAGUCCCAUGGCGUUUGCUUGUACAUAUGUGGGAACGCCUUAUUAUGUGCCCCCGGAAAUUUGGGAAAACACGCCUUAUAACAAUAAAAGCGAUAUCUGGUCCUUGGGAUGCAUUCUCUAUGAGCUCUGUACCCUGAAGCAUCCAUUUCAGGCAAAUAGUUGGAAAAGUCUUAUCCUCAAAAUAUGUCAGGGGUCCAUGAGCCCACUGCCAUCCCGUUAUUCCUAUGAACUUCAGCAUCUGAUCAAGCAGAUGUUUAAAAAGAAUCCCUCACAUCGCCCUUCAGCUACAACACUUCUCUCCAGAGGCUCUUUAGCCCGGCUCAUCCAGAAGUGCUUACCCCCAGAGAUCAUCACAGAAUAUGGUGAACAGGUAUUAGAAGAAACUAAAAAAUCUCUGCAUAGUACACCAAGAAAAAGGGCAGACCCCAGUAGAAUCGGGAUAGCUUUGGAAAAUGAAGCAAGCACAGUGCAAAGGGAAGAACAAGGUGGAAAGUAUAGCCACACUGACUUAGAAAGCAUUAAUAAAAAUGCAGUUGAAAGUGCAUUAAGGAGAGUAAGCAGAGAAGAGAAAGCCAGUUCAGCAGGUCGUCUCAGGCGACAGUGGGAGAAAAAUGUAUCCAGUACAGCUCUUACAGCUUUGGAAAAUGCAUCCUUACUCACCUCCAGUAUAACGGCAGAGGACAAUAGAGGUGGUUCUGUAAUAAAGUACACUGAAAAUAAUACCCGUAAGCAGUGGCUCAGAGAGACUCCUGAGACCUUAUUGAACAUCCUUAAGAAUGCUGACCUCAGCUUGGCCUUUCAAACAUACACAAUAUAUAGACCAGGUGCAGAAGGGUUCUUGAAAGGCCCCCUGUCUGAGGAAACGGAAGCAUCAGACGAUGUUGACGGAGGUCACGAUUCUGUCAUUUUGGAUCCAGAGAGACUUGAACCUGGACUGGAUGAGGAGGAUACGGACUUUGAGGAAGAUGACAGCUCUGACUGGGUAUCAGAACUGAAGCAGCGAGCUGGCUGGCAAGGAGUGUCUGAUGGAUAACGCCUAAGGAAAUGUUCCUUAGUCACACUGAGGGGAUGUUUAACAUGAGGAAUUGAUAUUUGGAUAAUAAUUAGCUUGUGGGAUAUAUAAUUUCCUUUGGAAGCAGAAUGCAGAGAGGGAAGCUGUGAAUAUUUAACAUUAUUCCUGGUCCGUAUAAUAAGGUAUAAAAAAUUUAGAAUCCCUAUGAGUUUUUGAAUUCAAAGGAAAAGGCAUAGCAGGAUGGGUACGAGGUUUGGGCUUUGCAGUCAGAACAGAAAUUGAAUGCUACUGCCUGCUGCUUAUGUGAUUGUGGGAAAUUACCUAACCUCUUUGAGCCCGAAUCUCCUCAGCUACAAAAUGAGGAUAACAGUGCCUACCUUACAGGGAUGCUGAGCUUAAACCAUUACGGCAGCCCAUGAUGCUGUUAUUUGCAUUGUUAUGAUUUAUGCUUAUUCCUUUGUAGUUCUUUUUAUAUCUCCUAAAGGUCUGAGGAUCUAAAUAUAUUUAAUUAUAACAUAAUAA